UUUGUAACGACAGGUGUCGCUAUUAGUAAUACAGGUGAUACGAUCGUUUGUAUAUUGACACUAGUAGAUGCCGGUUUGUUUACGUUCGGAUCCUCGUCGUUUCUUAAAUUAUAAACCGAAAGAUAUUUUCUAAAUAAAAUGGGCUCCGAAAUUACUGCAAAAGAAAUUGAAAUUCCCGUGGAAAAUGGAUACUUGGCUGCCAAAGAAUGGGGUUUAUCGACUGGCGAACCUGUUUUAGCAUUACACGGAUGGCAAGACAACGCGGCAACGUUUGACAGAUUAAUACCGCUUUUGUCUCCCGAUUUACAUAUUGUUGCAAUUGACUAUAUCGGUCAUGGUAGAUCGUCUCACAAGACCGACGGUCUACCUUAUUUUAAAUUAGAAUUCAUCUACCAUAUUAAGCUUAUUGCCGAAUAUUUUAAUUGGAAAAAGUUCAGCAUAAUAGGGCACAGUUGGGGAAGCGAAUUCGCUAUCACUUUCUCGAGCAUGUAUCCAGAAAUGAUAGAUAAGGUUAUUGGAAUCGAUUUAUUAAAACCCGUUACGUAUUCCGUCGAAGGUAUAUCGUCAAAAAUUAAACGGAAGAUUGACGAGUAUAAAGCAGAACAGGAGAAAAUAAAAAAUAAUUCUAACCCGCCAGUUUACACUAAAGAAGAAGCUACGAAACGUCUUCUGAAUAGCGAGUAUAAUGAUUGCGGAGAAGAUGAGAUUAAGUUACUAAUCGAAAGAGGAACUAAAGAAAUAGAGCCAGGUAAAUACGUUUUUACUCGCGAUCCACGGAUCAAGUACGUGUGGGAUUGCGGGUUUAAUUCUUCCGUAGUUAUGAAGUCGCUAAUUUCUAAUAUUCGGUGCGGUCUGUUACUAAUUAAAGCUAAACGAUCUCCCAUAUUUUCCGAUCAAGAAAGUUACAACGAGUUUUUAAAACUUUAUUCGGAAAAAUGCAGCAGAUUCGAAUACGUAGAAAUCGACGGUAAUCAUUUCAUUCAUUUAAGUUAUCCGGAAAGAAUAGCUCCUAUUAUAAAUGCAUUUAUCAAAGGAGAUGAACUAGAAAAUUAUAAGAAGUAAAAACAUUCUUCAGAAACAAGGUCGAAAAUGUGGCCUUUAAGAGAUUUUAUAUGUUAAAAAGGACGAAAAAGGUGCAAACCAAAAUUUGCGCACAGUACCGACAGUGUUAAUGAAAAAUUCAUUGCAUCAAUAAGUCAAAUAAUGCUUGAAUCUACAAAAUUAUCGCAGCUAAAAUAUUUUUGCUAAAUCUAUUUGAAUUUGGCUUAUGUCUAUACUCAGGGUUUUGUAACUAUUUUUGGAUUUAUGUGAUAUGUACCCAUUUGUAAGUAAAGAUAUUGUGAAGAAAUAAAUGAGUUCAUAAUAACAAAUAAUUUUUGAGUUUCAAUAAAUUUGAGUAUCAUUACAGCAUAUU